AUGCGAGCACAUGACAUCAACUCACAAAUAUUACUCCGGAGUAAUGCAACGCGCUCCAUGGAUCCUGAUGUUGCACGUUUGCCUGUAAUUUACGAACCAGAAAUGUUUUACAUUGCAAUGGUUGGUUUAGGUGCCUAUAAAUCUUUCCAUCAAGAUGCACCACUUUAUCCUUGGAGUUCGUCAACUACGUAUCGCCCCAUUGCUUGUAAUACACAUCCUCUUUGCAAGGGAGAUAAGUGCAAUGUUGAUGGCCAAUGCACUUAUGUAUCAGGCUAUGAGAGUGGAUCGGUUACAUCUGGUAUUCUUUCUGAAGAAAAGUUCACAUUCGACUCCGAUACUGGUGGCCUUGAAAAUAUUGAGUUACAAUUUGGUUGUGGCCGAAUCCAAGAGAAUUUUGAAGAUUUUAUCGGCAAGAAUCAUUUACGUGGCAAACCUGAUCUUAUUACAGGAAUACUCGGUUUAGGAUUAGGACAAUGGUCUUUUCUUAAUCAAUUAGGAGCUGUUGGACAAGGUAAAUUUUCCUACUGCUUUGAGACGUUUAACCAGAAUAUGGAAGGGUCAGAUACAUAUUUAAGGUUCGGAGAAGAUGCUAUAAUUGGACGCGCAGGUCAAGAAGUACAUAUCACUCCGAUUGUUGUGCCUAAGUUUGAAACCUCAUACUAUUUCUUAAAUCUAGAAGAUAUCAGUGUAGGUAACAAAAGAAUUGGAUUUCCUAAAGGUACUUUUAAGCUUAGCAGUCGAGGAGUAGGCGGUAGUGCUAUUGAUUCUGGUACUCCAAUAUCCAUUAUGUAUAAAGAUCGUUUUGAUAGAAUUGCAGAUUUGGUAAAGGCAAAUUUUAACGAGCUCGGAGUUGAAUAUAUAGGUCCCCAACAAAGUUUUGAUGUUUGUUUCCGUUUACGGGGAAAAUUUGAUAUUAAUAAGUAUCCUUACAUAACGCUUCAUUUUCAACAGGCCGACUACGUUAUUUCAGAUUAUAAAGCUAAUUUUGUAAUAUUAGGUGAAAUUGUUUGCUUAGGUAUUUCCCGAGGGGAUAUUAAAUCGCCAUCUUUUAUUUUAGGAGCUAAUCAACAAGCGAAUAAAAGGAUUUUAUAUAAUGUUAUGGAUUGGUCACUCUCUUUUGCUACGGAGUAUUGCGAAUUAGGUUCAUGA